AUGGGCUUCGUUGUUUUCAUGAAAGGCUACUGGAAUACGUUGUUUUUCUUUUCCAGUUACGGUUCGCUCAUGAUAUUCGCUAUCCUCUACCUUGGAUACAAAUUGACCAAAGGAACACGCAUCUUGAGUCUAGAAGCUUUGGACUUUGACUCCGGAAGAAGGGAAACAGACAUUUACGUUUGGGAUGGAGGCAAGGAAUUCAACCGCCGCAACUUGAAAGAUUGGGCUCAUCGGAUAGUUCACUUCAUGGCGUAA